AUGUUGAUACUACUCCUUUCCUUCUUCCUAUUAUUCCAACUAUCCCAUUCCCAACUAGUCAUCCCAUUGAACUCAUUAAAAGGUGACAACUUCAAAAAUCUGAUAUCUUCCACAUCUCCAUACUCCUUAUACGUUUCUGCUAAUGAAGAUAGUACCGAAAUUUUGAAACAAAUUUUUGUGCAGGGAAAGAAUCUGGAUGAGAUUAGAGACUCAAAAAACUCAAAAUCGACUGGAUUCCUACUGUCACCUCUGAAAAUCCAGUCCUCGUCCGCUUAUAUCUCAUCAAGUUUACCGGAUUAUCAAUUGGCGUCAUUAAAGGGAUUUGUAUAUGUUACUACUACAAAACAAGCUAAUGACGAUUCCUUUCUUGUCUACGAUGUAGCUCAAAGCCAAGCUAUUCGAACAAACCAUACUGGAAAUUACACUAUAGUUUUUUUGAAUACCAACCCAACCUACAGUUCAACUAUCAGUAACUGGACACAAGGUUCCUCAUCCACAGCAAAAAUGUACAGGGGGUACCCAACGGAUCUCCAAGAGGGCAAUUUUCUGUUUGCUAAUCCCGUUGAGCCAGUCAGUAAAGAGUUAAAAUUGUUCCCUGCGGUUGAAAAAUUCUCGGUUAGAUUUCCACUCUUCUACUUUAAAAUCACCAAUUAUCUAUUGUUUCAAAUUGAGUCGGGUAGUUUUGCUCUAGAUGGUUACUCCACUACUGGAUAUGACUCUACUGGUUUCUAUAUGAAACCACGAAAUGAGAAACCCAAAAACUUCACGAUUACCUGCAUGAAAGAUGAUAGAUAUAAUGGAUCAACCGGGAUUCUGAUGAGUGGAUCGAAUUUACGGACGGAUGCAACAUUACGGAUACAAUUCAAUGCACCAGACGACUCUAGUUUCUCAAUUAUUGAGAUUGCGGAUAUAAGAAUACCUGGGUUUGCUGUUAACAUGAUUUAUUCAAGUCUUACAAUUUCAUCGAAUAAUACGGAUGACGGGGAGGUUUAUGUACAGUACUACAUAUUGCAAGAUCAGUUCGUGGGAACGACGAGACCUGUUCAGCAGACAACUAUGAUACCAGUGACAACGACAAAGGGAAGUAAUCGGGGUUAUGCGGUGUGGGUUCUAAUUAUGUUUUUGUGUAUGAUUUUUUAA